ACACCCUCCCUUUUCCAUAUACAAACACAUCCAAAAAAACCACCCAAAACAAAAAAAGCUCCUCUUCAAUGGACGACGAUACCUUCUAUUAUUCCCAUGACACCGAUCUGGAUUUCAGCUUCACUUCCACCAUUACCGACCGAACCUUCGCAUCAUCCAGCGCUCGCAGCAGCUUAGCUCGCUCCAGUCUCACGCUAAGCUUCAACGAACGCAUUUCCACCGCCUCCAGUCCUUCAAACCACCACCAUCCCAACCAAAUUAGACCACACCGAAAACACGAUCCACAUUGGUCCGCUAUCCGUUCCGCUAAAAAUCUCUCCCCUGAUAAUCGCCUUCAUCUACAUCAUCUUAAACUGAUUCGUCAUCUCGGUACCGGUAAUCUAGGACGAGUUUUUCUUUGUCGAAUCAAGGAUUACCCUAAUUCAAACCCUAAUUCUUAUUUUGCUCUUAAAGUUGUUGAUAAAGAUUUGAUUUCGCCGAAAAAAUUGUUCGAUAUUCAAACUGAAUCUGAAAUUCUGAGUUUACUUGAUCAUCCUUUUUUACCUACACUUUAUGCGCAUAUUGAAGUUUCUCAUUAUACUUGUCUUUUGAUUGAUUAUUGUUCUGGUGGAGAUCUUCAUUCUCUUCUUAGAAAACAACCUAAUUACCGAUUACCGAUUCAAGCGGUUAAGUUUUAUGCUGCUGAAGUUUUGAUUGCUUUGGAAUAUCUUCAUUCGCUUGGGAUUGUUUAUCGUGAUCUUAAACCGGAAAAUAUUUUGUUAAAAGAAGAUGGACAUAUUAUGUUAUCUGAUUUUGAUCUUUGUUUUAAAUCCGACGUCGUUCCGAAGAUUCACUUUGGGGAAUUUGUUGUGGAGCCCACUGGUGCAUUUUCAAAAUCAUGUGUUGGGACCCACGAGUAUUUAGCACCGGAGUUAGUUAACGGUAACGGGCAUGGUAACGCCGUCGAUUGGUGGGCGUUUGGGGUUUUGAUUUACGAGCUGAUUUAUGGUACGACGCCGUUUAAAGGGGUGAAUAAAGAAACGACGUUACGGAAUAUAGCGUCGUCAAGGGAUAUGAAGUUUAAUGCUUUAACGGAGGAUGAUAAGGAAAUGUUAGCCGUUAAAGAUUUAAUUGAAAAGCUUUUAAUUAAGGAUCCAAGUAAGAGAAUGGGGUCCACAAGAGGAGCAGCUGAGAUUAAGAAACAUCCGUUUUUUAACGGCGUUAAGUGGGCGUUAAUACGGAGUUACCGGCCACCGGAAGUACGUGGAGGGCUCGUGAGGAAGAGUAAGAGUCACGUGAGCGGGAUCCAUAGAAGGAGGAAGUGGUGGUGGAAGGGGUUGACUUUUUUAUUGAAGAAAAAUAAAGGAUCUAAGGUUUCACAUAAUUAUAGUAGUAAUAGUUGUGGUAUUGUUAAUAAUAAUAAUAGGAGUAAUUAUUAUUAACAUGAUUUAUAUAGUUUUUGAAAUACAAAAAAAGUGUUGUAUAAAGAAAGGAAUGAGAUGUAUGAUGAUAAAAAUUUUGCAAGUUUUUACUUUUUUAUACAUAAAAAUUUUGGAUCAUAUGUAUUUUCAUAGUUUUAUGUAUAUGAUAUACAAAAAUGAGAAAUUUUUUGGAAAAA